CAUGCAUACUUCACAGCGGUUUACGACACUUCAAAAACAAGGAAGUGGCGCUUUUCUUGUGGUCUUCGUGUAAUUUAUUUUUCUCGCUUUUAUUGCGUUUCAGUGAGAAAAAAGGUGAGUCUAUCUGUAGGACUUGUAAGGAUAAUUGUACCUGCUGAAAUGGGAGACCCUGCAUUUCAGAGAGACUGUCCCCUUGACUGCAAGGUUUAUGUUGGAAAUCUGGGAAACAAUGGGAAUAAGACUGAAAUAGAAAGGUAUUUUGGAUACUAUGGUCCCUUAAGAAGUGUCUGGGUGGCCAGGAAUCCUCCAGGCUUUGCAUUUGUUGAAUUUGAAGAUCCCAGAGAUGCAUCUGAUGCUGUGAGGGAGUUAGAUGGAAGAAAUAUGUGUGGUUCUCGAGUGCGGGUGGAGAUGUCCACUGGGGAAAAGCGAUCCAGGAGCCGCGGCCCACCACAGUCCUGGGGAAGACGCACUUCUGAUGACUACAGGCGCCGUAGCCCCCCAGUAAAGCGCAGGUCACCACGGAGACGAAGCCUCAGCCGCAGUCGCAGUAGGUCACUUUCAAGAGACAAACGAAAGUAUCGGUCUCUAUAAGAAAAAGACUCUAAACGCUCAAAACAUUUAUCAAGGUCAAGGAGUCACUCCCGGUCUAACGAGAAGAGAUGAAUACAUUGGAGAACGAAUAUUUUGCAGGAGCCUCUUAUGGGGGUUAAAAAUGAACAUUUUUACAGUCAUUUUCUUCAUAGUCAGCCCAAAGCAGUCUCUUUAGCUGGCAAGGUUGGGUGUUGUAUGAGAGC